AUCGUCAACAGGUUUCACCGUCACCGCGCAUAUCUCUGUCAGCCGCCAUUCUGAAAAGUAUAAAAACCCGUCCUUACCUUUAGGAUCCUCACCCACAUCUCUUCCCGCUUUUUAUCUAUCACAUAUUCACUCUAACACUCCAUUUAACGACAUUCACGACCCUUUCUAUAUAUCCUUACAAUGCGAUUUCUAUCCCUCUCUAUCACCUUUGUCGUAUUCACAUUUGCUCUGCUGCUUUCCGGGAGCGUCCAUGGCUUACCCGUCAGUGUCUCCAAUCCAAAUGCCCCACCGCGUCAUGCGGAGGUGCAUGGGCGUGGCGUCGACCUCCUCUCUUCUCUGCUUGGUAUCCUGCAGUCCAUUCUUGGCUCACUCAAUCUACCAGUUGCAUCAGCGCAAGAAGCACAGACCAUUAUCCAUGCGGCCGCUGCCUUGCCCCCUAGCUUGCCUAUUAGCCUUCCCAUCUCAUUACCUAUUAGCCUCCCCAUCUCAUUACCUAUUAGCCUUCCCAUCACCCCGCCGACCGCUGACUUGCCCAUCCCCCUGUCAACCCUUACGGCGGGCCUUCCACGGGGCGCAGUAGAUGUAGUCGGCGGCGACACGUCUUACUCCUCCUCGUUGACUGUUCAGACUGCCUCCCCCUCUAAGGCGUCAUCCCCUCCUUCUAAUGCGUCAGCCUCCCCUUCUCAGGCGUCAACCGCCGCCGCCUCUGCAUUGGCUGCUCAUCAGCAGGCUGAUGUGCACCCGGGUCGUGGGCACCACAAUCACCGUCGCCAGACACCUCCAGCAUCUGCACCAUCGUCUUCAGGCUCCGCGGGUACUCCAUCUGCCAACUCUUCAGGCUCAGUACGUGCCUCAUCUACCAGCGCCUCAGGCAAGCCUGCUCUUGCUAUGGUGACAGGCUCCGUUUCCCCCCUUGCGGUUGCUUCUACGGUGACAAGCGCCAUUGCUAGCAAGAUUCAUUCUCUCCCAGUAUCGUUGCCCAUCCCAUCCCUACCCAUCUCCGUUCCGCUUCUCGUCGCAUCUGGCACGCCCGCGGCAACCAUGGGCACGAGGACCCGCAGGAACACCCACCACAGGCAUUAGAACGCCUUCCAUACUGCUACAUAGCUGGCCUCCGCUGAAGAGACUUCGUCACGUUGAGCGCAUUGUGGGUCCGCUCCGUGUCGAAAUAGUUUACCUCGUGUUGUUGUAGUGCCGCUAUGUUAAUUUGGUUGAGCCUCGUGUCUAUUAAUGAUUUGCGCUCGCAUCUGCAUUUGGAAUUGAAUCUUUGUGCGAACCACAGAAAUAUUUCUGAUCGGAAUUAUUAGUACGACAAUGAAACUAUUAGUAUGAUAGUUAUUAUUGAAGCUUCAAGUCAACUGUGUCUUGCCCAACGGACUGGGAGGUAGUAUCACAAACCAUUCAAUCUCGUUAGUAC